AAGCCCUGCUAGCUAGCUACUACUGUACUGGCGUCCUAGCAGACUGUGUCAGGAAUGACUGAAUCUCGCUGCUUCAGUCUAAAGGAAGCCACUGAGAAAGCAUUGCAGCUGUGAGACAGAGAGAGAAAAUAAGUGGAACAUUGGCCUUCAUUCAAGAAGGCUGCUGGGAGACUGGUGAAGUUUUAAUGCGCUGAUGGGUUCCACUGGAAGGAGCUGCCGACAGAACACAAUGAUGACGACAAGACUGUCAGUGUCCGGGGAGCUGGCACUAGAUCCCCUGGUCAGUUGCAAACUGUGUCUGUGUGAGUGGCCUGCUCACAGGAUGAGCACCCUCCAAGCAUGCAGCUGUGUCUUCUGUACCUCGUGCCUAAGGCAGUAUAUGCAGCUUGCGAUCAGAGAAGGAUGUGGUGCUCCCAUCACCUGCCCUGACAUGGCCUGUCUAAAGAAUGGGACUUUCUUCGAUACUGAGAUUGCUGGUUUCGUCCCUUCAGAUCAGUUUCAGUUGUAUCAGCGAUUAAAAUUUGAGAGAGAAGUGCAUAUGAAUCCAUAUAAAACCUGGUGUCCUGUUUCGGAAUGCCAGGCUGUGUGCGACAUUGAAUCAAAUGGUGUUGGACAUCUAGUCCAAGUCAAGUGUCCCAUCUGUGAAACUGUGUUUUGUUCUGUCUGUAAGGCAGACUGGCAUCCGGGACAUUCUUGUUCAGAAAGCCAAUCUCUCAGUCUGCCAGCUUCUUCUGAUAAUGGUGUUCCUAUUAGCAAUGACACAGAAGCUCCGAUCAAACAGUGCCCUGUGUGCAGUAUCUGUAUUGAACGAAAUGAAGGCUGCGCUCAAAUGAUGUGCAAGAACUGCAAACACACAUUCUGCUGGUACUGUCUUCAAAAUCUAAAUAAUGACAUAUUCUUGAGACAUUAUGAUAAAGGGCCAUGCAGAAAUAAACUGGGACACUCUCGGGCUUCUGUGAUGUGGAAUCGGACUCAGGUUGUGGGUAUCCUGGUUGGUGUGGGUAUACUUGCCCUGGUGACCUCACCACUCUUACUCUUGGCAUCGCCGUGCAUUAUCUGCUGCAUCUGCAAGUCCUGUCGAGGAAAGAAGAAGACGAAACAGCAAGACCAGCCAACUACAUGAAAAAAAGAGGGAAAAUGUUUGUAACCUAUUGGUUCUAAGCUUGCCAAUACAGGUAUCCACCAUUUAGGUCUUGGUGGAACAAGUGCCUAAUAUUUGUGUGCAUGCAUUCUGGUGGAAGGUUUUACAGAAUUUUAUUUGAAUGCUACAGCGGUCAUCCUGACUCUAUGAAGAAACUGAAUAAUGACAGUUAUAGUAGCGAAAGAAUAAAACACAAGUAAAACAAAAGGAUUACCUUCUGUGAACUUCAAGAAUCCACACAUUUUAAAAUUGCAUUAGGUGUAUGCCAUUAAGGAUUUAAACCAGUUACUGGGUCUUUUAUCAACAGCACAAUUUGCACCUCUAGAAAAAAUAUUAUAAUAUCUAUUCCUUUUUUAUAAUUAAAGUAGAAGAAUGGGCAGCAUUAACUAUUACCGCUAUUUUUGUCAUAAACUGGGUUAUUCAGUUAUUUACAAUUUCCAUAGGGAUUGAGGAAGCAUACUCCAGGUUCAAGAUGUCUAUACAGAAGGCUAUAUAUACAGUAUAGGUCGACAAAGCAUUGCUAAGUUUGCACCAAUUGUUUUUUUUUUGUACACGGUCCGGCUCAAUGCCAUGCAUUUGGUGACUAUGGCAACAGGGUCAAACAAAUACCGGCUUCAUGACUGGUGAAUUCAUCAUACUGUACAAUGACAUUUCUACAUACAGUACUAUUAACAUACAGCGUGUAUAAAUAAAAACACCAAAGCUUCGGUUUCGUCAUUUCAGAUCUGCAGUUAACAUUUCUCCCUUGUUUCAUAUUUUAGAGGCAGCAAAAUAGGCUAUGGGAAUUACACAGUCAUUUUAAUUGAUGUGGCAACAUAAGUUUUAAAGGUUUACAA